CUAAUUUAACAUAUACUGAAAAUGAGAUUGACGACUUUGAGGUGUUUAAUAGCUUUACAGAUUCAAGAGGGACAAUUUUAAUAAGACUAGUUCGCAAUAACACUCAGGCGAUGUAUGAAAUACCUUCUCCGAAUAAAACUUACAACGAAACUGGUGUUAUUUUAUCUUAUGAAGGAGAAAUCUUAAGUCAAUUUCAUAUUGGAGAAGCGUUCCCUAUAAAUGAAACACUAACAAUGAGUCUACGAGAAGAUGGUGGUUUCUUGCGAACUUACAUCUGGCCCAAUUAUACUGUAACUUGGACGAGAUUUUCAUCGUUAAAUGAUCAAUAUCAGCCCAUCAAAUUGGGUGAAGGCGUAUUUUAUAUACCACAACCUCAAGAUAUUUUUGUUAUGUAUGAUGUUUUUAUAAAAGUCGACGGAGGAUAUGGAUGUGCAAUUCUCACUAAUAGUUCAUUGCCAAUAACAUCAAAAGAAAUUACGUGGCGUGCUUACGUUCUAUUUUUACCUUUCAAUUCAAAUCAAACAACUGAUUUAUUUAUUCUUUAUGAAAGUUCGAUGCCUUGGUAUCGAAUGUGGAUCGGUCCAUGUCGCGUUUCAUAUGACGGCACGGGAUAUGGAUGUUUCCUGAAACCUUACGUCAAUGAAACAUAUUUACGAUUUAUUUAUAAUAUUCGCUUUAUUUCCGAAGGUUCUGUCACUUUAAUAAACAGGCUCCAAUUUCGUGAUCCAUCAAACUGGAACUUUCUAGAUUCUUAUAGUGUGUUUGCUGGUGGUUAUAUUGUGGUUGGCAUUCAAUCGCAAACUGAACGAGUUGGUGAUCUAUAUAACACUACCGGAAUGGUCUAUGACACAAUAGACUUUGCAAAAGGUCACGUACAUAUGAAUAUAUAUCCAAUGAAGAAUACCUUUUGGUUAAGUUCGUUUAGUACAAACAACACAAAGGAAUGGACUAUAACUACUAUUGACCUACCAAAAUUAAUUCAAUAUGGCACGUUUCACGAAAGAUUUCCGAAUCCGAAUAUCAAUAGAACCAUUCCGGAAAUAAAUUCAACCAUAUCUUUACGAUACAAAAGCUUAACAAUUAUGUAUUACUCUCAAGUUAACUUUGGCACGGGAAAUGUUUCAAUUUAUCAAUAUCCAAAUACUUUGCGACAAGUGACUUCAGGAGGUUCGGCUGUAUAUGACCCAGUCACCGGUUUAACAAACGUCACAAUCAGUGUUUUUAGUAGCACUUUUAAUCGGCCGAAUACAACGUAUUACAUCGUAGUGGAUACCAAUUUUGUUAUGCGUCUUCAGAAUCAUGAACCAUUGUAUGGAAUUGAUAAAAACAUUUGGUUUCUUACGACAGAAUCGAAAUCACAAGAUCUGCAUACUGAUACUGCUAGUGGCUUAUUGCGUCUAUCCGUCAAUGGAACAAGUGAAUUCAAAGCGGCAUAUGCCACAUUAGGAUAUUCAGUAGUAAAUGCAUUAGCAAAUCAAAUAGCUGAAGCAAUUCCAGUUGCAAAUUCACGAAUAUCAAUAAGAAAUGCUUUUCAAAUCGAACCAAAUACACAACCGCCGCAACUUUUAUUACGUAUGGAUAUUGGACAACUAACAGACGAUAAGGAACCAGAUGUGCCAGACUUGAUCAACGACUUUCGAGUUUUACUAAAAGAAUCACAAUUCACUGACCUUUCGCAGAAUAAUUAUACUGCAUGGCUUGAUAGCACGUAUAAUUUUGUGCCGACAGACGAUUUAUGGAGAAGAUAUAAAUUUGCGAUUAUCCUUACUGUUGUUCUAUUAGUUGCAACAAGUUUGGUUUAUUUAUUUGCUCAGCGUGCAAAUAAAGAAGCAAGAAACUUUAUCAUUUUUACUAUUGUUAUUAUUAUACAAGAUUUUAUAUUCGACUUGUUAUUCGUAAUAGAAAAUAGUAAUGAUUUUCCAGAACUAUUUCUACCAAGCAUUAUAACUUUGGUUAUACCACUCACGUUCAACACUUUUAUCGCGUUAUUCGUAAUAUUAUCGGAAAACUCGCGUGAAGAUAAAUUCAAUGAUUGGUUCCGGAAAUAUCCACAAAUAGCAGCUGUCUUCACCAUACUUUCAUGCGCAGAUGUGGAAGUGCUUAAAAUUCUUUCUUCACAAGUUGGCAGGCUGAAUUUAUUUUCUGCGACUUUUUCGGAUCGAGCAGAAUCAAUGAUUUUUUGGGCGAGUUGCACAAAUAUAUUGAUUGAAGAUGUGCCUCAAUUCAUUAUUCGUUUCCUAUAUCAUGGGAAAAACAUCACUUACAAUAUUUUACCGACCAUUGCCUUAGUUUCGAGUGCAAUUGGUUUGCUUUUUGCGGUUAUUAACCGACUAUAUCAAAUAACAGCCCGAUGUAGUCAAAGACGAUGUCAAAAAGCAGUAAUGCAAGAUGAUGAAUUAGAAGGAAUCCCUGUGAGAAAUAUAAACGGAUAUCAAAUUGUUAAUAGAACAGUUACGCUUGAGUGA